AUGAAGGAUGACAUGCAGGCUAAGAACAAGGAGUUUAAAAAGAACAUAUUUUCCAAUCCGAGGCAGAGCCGAAAAGAGCAGCAGGAGAAAGAUGGAGCUAAGAAACAAGACCUGACACAGCUGGAAGACAUAAACAAGGAGAAAGUACAAGACCAUGUAAGUUCCCAGAGUACGUCCCAGGAUUACAGCCGGACCAGCCCAACCAGUCAGGACUGGGACACGGGACGCAUCAUAGUGGAGGAGGUCGAUCUGAAGGGAACAUAUGUCCGUCUCAGCAACAAGUCCAAUCAGGACCAACCACUGGGAGAAUGGGAAUUACAUUUACAUGUCAACAACAGAAAACCUAUCAAAUACAAAUUCAAGAACACAUCUAAACUCGAGGCUGGAAAGACUGUCACUAUCUGGGAUCGAGAGAGCGGUGUAAAGCCUGACAACGCCAACCUGGUGUGGUCUACCAAAACCUCCUGGGGCACCAGAGAACAUCUGCUGGUCUACCUCUACAGCAAAACUGGAGAGCUAGAGGCAAGCAAAAUGUUUCAGCUUGGGGACUCUCAGAACCAGCAGGAGAAUGACACCUGUGUGACCAGUCAGGACUCAGACAGAGGACACAUCAUGGUGGAUGAGGUCGACCCGGAGGGCAAAUAUGUCCGUCUCUGCAACAAGUCCAGAACGGAUCAACAAAUGAAAGACUGGGAAUUAUAUUUACACGUCAACAACAAAAAACCCAUCAUUUACACAUUUCGUAACUUAUUGAAACUCAAGGCUGGAAAAACUAUCAAGAUCUGGGCUUCAGGUUGUGGUGUCAAUAAUGAUACCUCCACUGACCUGGUGUGGAGGAACCAGAACCCCUGGGGCACUGGACAACAGCUGCUGGUCUCUCUCUACAGCAAGACUGGAGAGCUAGAGGCGCGCAAAAUUUCAGAGGGGCGCAUCAUUGUGAAUGAGGUCGACCCGGAGGGCAAAUAUGUCCGUCUCACCAAUAAGUCCAACAAGGACAAACCACUGGAAGGCUGGGAAUUACAUUUACAGAUCAACAACAGAAAACCCAGCAUGUUCAGAUUUUUCUAUUCAUUCAUACUCACGGCUGGAGAGACUGUCACUAUCUGGGCUUCAGGUUGCCGUAUCAAUAAUGAUACCUCCACUGACCUGGAGUGGAGGAACCAGAAACCCUGGGGCACUGGAGAACAUCUGCUGGUCUCUCUCUACAGCUUCAAUGGAGAGCUGGAGGCAAGCACAAGUCCUGAACCUGAGAAGUCCCAGGAGCAGCUCAGUCACCAGACCAAUCAGGACUCAGCAAAGGGACACGUCAUCGUGGAUGAAGUCGACCCAGAGGGCAAAUAUGUCCGUCUUCAAAACACACGCACCGAGGUAAUGUUGUUAAUGUGUGGAUGAACACUGUGUGAUUACUAUGUGACAGAGAUAGUAUGUUUUAUAGCUCUCCAUUAACUAAGUGUGUCCAGUAGUUUUCUAAAUGG